AUGCAGCCAGCUCUGGAUAUGCAUCAAAAGAGCAGCAUAGCAGCUAUGAAAUCCACAGACACAAGGCCAGAUCCUACUAAAAUUACAAUUAAUUGCUCCGGACAAAAGGGAAUUUGCAAGCAGGAAGGCAUCAAUAUAAAAGAAGCUGAAGCAAAUUUCAAGAGCAUGAAGUUACCUAUUAUGCAAAUAUGGUAUGAAAAUUUGCUCCUUUCAGAACUAGUUUAUGGCUUGAAGAAAAACAAAUUUACUGCUACAGAAAGCAAUGAUAUCUCUUCCUUUUUAGAGCGAGCUCUUAUACGCCUUGAAAGAUGGUUCCAUUGGUUCAACACUACUCAGUCAGGAAAGGAAAUGAGCAGCUAUUUUUGGCAUGGAAGAGAUAGCACAACAAUACGUGAACUAAAUCCAAAGACUCUAUCCUCUGGGCUGGAUGAUUAUCCUCGUUCUUCACAUCCUACUGAAGAAGAACGUCACUUGGACCUUAGAUGCUGGAUGCUCCUUGCUGCAGAUUCCCUGCAUUCCAUUGCUGACUUGUUUGCGAAGGAAAGCAAACGAAAAAAGGAAUAUGGUUCAACAGCUAAGCUGCUUUCAGAUUUUGAAAUUCUGAAUCAGAUGCAUUUUGAUCCAGCUUACGGAGCUUAUUUUGAUUAUGGAAAUCAUACAGAAAAGGUUCGUUUAAGUUGGAAAGAAACAAAGGUGGGAAAUAACCAUCCAACUCGUGAGCUUGUAAGGGAAGUACUAGAAAAGCCAGAGCUGAGAUUUGUUCCUCAUAUUGGUUAUGUCAGCCUUUUUCCAUUCAUGGAGAAGAUUAUUCCACCUGAAUCAUGGAUUCUGGAAAAACAGCUUGACCUCAUUUCAAAUAAGAGUAUCUUAUGGACUGAUUAUGGACUCCGCUCGCUUGCCAAAACAAGCUCCAUGUACAUGAAACGCAACACAGAGCAUGACCCACCUUAUUGGAGAGGUCCAAUUUGGAUGAACAUGAAUUACAGGAUUCUUUCUGCACUCCACCAUUACACACAAGUGAAUGGACCGUAUAGAGACAGAGCGAAAGCAAUAUAUGAUGAAUUAAGGAGCAAUCUGAUCAGAAAUGUGGUUAGCAACUACCACCAGACUGGGUUUCUAUGGGAACAAUAUGAUCAGAAAAAGGGUAAAGGAAAAGGUGCUCGUGUAUUCACUGGCUGGACAUCACUUGUGCUAUUAAUGAUGGCUGAAGGUUAUAGUGAGAGUUAAAUCCGUUAAUAUGAAGUUUUUGCCAACAGAAAAGGGAAACAAGAACAAGUUUUGUACCAAGAGUAACUCUCUACGAUUAUUUCAUGGGGUAGUAAUUUUAUAUUAGCGCUGGUACCCAGUAUCAGCACAUCUGUAUACAUUGAAGAAACAAAAAACUCUUAUAGAAGAUAAUUAAAAUUUAAAA